AUGUCAAACUACGGCUCUGAGAGCAGCUUCGCCAAGAGCACCGGCGAGACCGGCGUUAUUCGACAGAACCCCGAGAAUAACCACCGCAUGAUCAACCGCGAGGGAAAGCUGCUGGGGUACCCGUCGCGGGGCUGUUCUACUCCCAAACUGAAUCUCACCGUUGCCGAAUACCGCCAGGACCCCGAACACGAAUGCGCACUCAGCUGCUGA